GGGGGAAGAAAAAGCCUGAGAGGAAGAUACUGGCCAGCUGAACUCCUAUGUUUCUGAAACAAAAUUCUCUUGGGCUUGUUGAGAUAACAGAAUGCCCACAGAAGGAGAUCCUACUAGCCUGGUUAAAACAGCCCAUCUGAUUCUACUGUCGACCUCCUGGGGGAUGCAGAUAUGGGUCUCGUUCAUAUCGGGAUUUGUUCUGAUUAACCGUGUUAGCAGACAUACGUUUGGCUUGGUUCAAAGCAGCCUGUUUCCUUACUACCUGUACUCUGUCCUCGGAGGUUCAUUUCUCAACUUGGCUCUUUAUGCCUUAUAUCACCCACAUGAGUUACUCAACAAUGAUGAAACUGUUCAGAUAACAUCGUUUUUUGUCUGUGUGAUCUUCUCUGCACUCAAUGCCCAGUGGUUCGGUCAGACAACGUCAGAGAUUAUGUUUAAGAUGCACGAGAUUGAGAAGGAACAUCACUUGGGGCAGGAGAUUGGGUUUGGGACGAACCGAGAGCCCUAUAAAAGGUUGAAGAAGAAGGACCCGAAAUACAUGAGACUGAGCCGGAGAUUUGUGAAAUACCACGUCCUGUCCAUGGUGUGUAACCUGAUCUGUGUUAUCUGCAAUGGAAUCAAUCUCUUCUACACUGCAACUAAUCUGAAGACUUUCUAGAAAAUCUCUGCUCCUUCCCUCUGUGUCUGGCAAGGACUUUCGUUUGGAAUUUUGUAAUAUCCUGGACAUUGUAACCUCUGUGUGUAAUCUCCAUGUUGAUGAUUGUGUUUAAAUAUUUCAAUUACUGUUCAGCAACAGGAAACAGCUCAAUUGCGAAAAGCUUCAAUGUCUGAGGAGCACAGUGGUGUAGCACAUUGUCCUCCUAGCCCUGUGAGCAAGUCAAUGCCUCUUGUUGGCAUCCGUGCCUCAGUCUGGUACAUGAGGUGGGUUUGGAACAUCCUGACUCAUGUCAGUGUGGUAGUUUCACAACACAAAACCCGGUGUGAAAUCACACUGGUGAAAUGGUGACUUACACUGCGGCCCUCUCUGGGGAACCUUUACUGUGUCUUGUUGUGGAAUUUCCAUUUUCUUUUUUAUGUGAGCUGUGAUGAGAUUCACCAACCUCAGCUCUGCUCAGGAGCUGGUCCAGGUCAGUGCUGGUUGUGGUUGGAGGGGUGUGGGGAGGUGAAGUAGGCAGGUAUCACUCUGUUGCCCUGGAAACGGUACAGGGAUCCAGCAGAAAGUGUGCAGGCAGUGAGAAAACCAUGAUGUGCACUGAAGAUUCGUGAUUUAACUGACUGGAAUUGUGCAGAGGACAGUCACUGAAUCUGAAUCCACUGUAGCACUACCUGACACAGGUUAGAAACUGACUAAGGCCCCAAAUGUUUUUGUCAGCACAAAACAAAUGAGUUCACAGUCACAGAGUCUGAUGGCUACAGAAAGGUGAAACUUUUCAUGACCAAUGAUAAAAUACUGUGCACACUGGAAAUCUGAAAUAUCAAAGUUUGUGAGAAGAUUUGUAGCUCGGGUGCUCGUUGUUGUGGUUCUAUUCGCCGAGCUGGGAAUUUGUGUUGCAGACGUUUCGUCCCCUGUCUAG